AUGUUAUUUGUGCUCUGAUAAAAGUCAAUAUUUUUUUAGUUAAUACCUGGUAAAGAUCAAGGUUUUACUGGAGUAAGUAACUAAGUAAGCUCUGGUGUUUUGAAAUUUGAACCUCUUUUUUUCUUCUUACAAGAAACUCGGAUUCUGAUAAUUAAAUAACAGCUUUAUUAAGAAUGAAGAACGGACUUGAUUGACCCAGUAUUGUUCGUACAACUUCAGAUAAUUUUUGUAAAGAGUGCAAGAGAAAGAGAGAGAGAGAGAAAAAGGACUUUUGAAAUCAUAAUGACUUUCAAAGCUUUUAAGUGUGUGUAUAUAUAUAGGAGUGUGUGUCUCUUCUACCUCAUUCUUUUUGUUAAGUGAAUUCAGAAGAAGAACCAGUCUGUCUGAAAAAGCAAUAUCCCACAAGGCAUUAUAUACAGGUUUUAGUUUUGUUGAGGCAUUUGCGGUGGUUCUUUACUAAUAAUACUGUUCCGGCUUAUAAAAUUAUAUCUCAAUCUUUUCUUCUUUAGUGAGUUUUGUCUUCUUUCUCUCUCUCUCUCUCUUUUUUUGCACAUAUCAUAAAAAGAAAAUGAAGAGAAAGAUGUUAUUAUGCUGCUACUUUCUAAUGGCUUUUCUCAUGAGUAGUUGUGUAUCUAACACAAAAAGCAGGCCUUUUGAAUCCAAACACUUUGUUCAGCAACAAGACCAAAUCUCACACACCCCAUUAUCUGGCUUUGGCUUCACUAAGGGAAAUGGGAAUGAAAUUGAAGAAGAGUACAGAUCACUUAGUAGGCUGGGGUCAAGACCCCCAAACUGUGUACACAAAUGUGAAGGUUGCUUCCCUUGUGACCCUGUUCAGAUUCCAGCCACUGCUAACCGAAUCGGCAUCCAAAUUGCUAAUUACGAGCCAGAAGGUUGGAAAUGCAAGUGUGGUGCUUCCCUCUUCAACCCAUAAAACAAAAAUAGUAUGUAUUUUGACACGUAAUAUUGUCUCCUAUCAAAGGGUUAUUGAGAUGUAUAAGAUAGGAUUAGAUUAAGAUAUGUUUAUUUAUAUACAUAUUAUAUAUAUAUUAUAGUUUCCAAUAGUUUUAUAAUCUCUAAUCUUAAUGAUCUCUACAAAAAAAUGUAAUCAACUUGUUGUCUUGUUUCUACUGAAAUUAAUUAUCUCUUUGGUCUCA